AUGGCACGGCCACCGAACCCGAUCGAUCAAUACCGUGACUAUGUCACAUUUCUUUAUCUUAACGGUGUCUCGCGAAGCAAGAUCAAGUAUAAGCUUCGGAAGCGUUACCAUGUCGCCGUCGAUCUCAGUACAAUCUCUCGCCGAAUCGCCAAAUGGGAUCUGCCGCGGCAGCAAGCCCGUACCAGAGAAACUCCGGAGUUGAUAGAGGCGACGCGCGACCUGAUAUUCCGCGUUGGACUAUCGGAGAAGCAAACGCUCAGCGUUCUACAGAGGCAGGGCUGGCCGGUCACGAAAGAAGGCCUAAAGCGCAUCAGGCUUCACCCGGACCGCCGCUGGGUACGCAGGCUCAAUAGCGACGAAGAACGACUUGCGUUAUUGGAAAAGACAGAGCAAGCCAUCAUCGAAAUGACGCGACGGUCCAACGCCAUUUCGGGGUAUGGCAAAAGCCUUCUCCAGCCUUACCUACGUCAGCAAAAGCAGCUUUGGUGGUGCAUUGACGGCCAUGACAAGCUCAAGGCGUACGGAUUCGAGAUAUACGCCGCCAUCGACGCCUACUCGCGCAACAUUAUCUGGUUCUACGUUGGCCACUCUGCUACAACUGCCUUGAGCGUACUGAAGCAGUACCUGGCGGCAUGUGACGCCUAUGGCUUCCGGCCAUGGUAUUUGCAAGCAGACAGGGGCAGCGAAACGCCAUUGAUCGCAGCAGCCCAUUGGAACUUUGUAUUGACCACGGACGGACAAGUGGAAUGGCAUGGGCAAGUCUUCCAGCAAGGCAAGCGAUUGAAGGAUUCAUACAAGGCAGCUCCAAGUACGAAAAAUGUCAAGAUUGAGAGUUGGUGGGAGCGUAUGCUUCAUGUCUCGUCCCGGCAGUGGGUAGACUACUUUGGGGAGCUCGCCAGGGACGGCGACUUCGACGGCGACAUGCUGGAGGAUCAGAUUGCCAUCUACGCCGUCUUCGAAGAUGUAUUACGCCAAGAACUCUUCGACUUUGUGGAGGCGUGGAAUCUUCAUCGAAUACGCCUUCAAAAGAACCGUCCGCACGUGGUUCACGGCCAGCCCUGGAUGAACUACCAUUACCCCGACCCGGACAAGGCAUGCAACUGGGGUAUCCCCAUAGAUCGCUCAGUUCUACAUGAAAUGGAGCGACCAUUGGCGGAUAUUGAUAUUAGCACGUGUUUGGAACCGGAGACAAAGGAUUGGUGUCUCCAAGUUCUCCGUGGAAUGGGCUAUGAUCAGGUUGUCCUUGGGACUAGCCAGGAGCCGGACAAGUUACGGCCCUUCAAGCGUUUCUAUCUUGGUCUCCGGGACAGGAUUAUUCAACACAUCGAAAGUGGCCGGCAGCCUAUACUGGCAUACCGCAAAGCGCCAACUGGGGGAGUUGCCGAAUAUGUAAGCACACUGUCUUUUUGCGAUGUAACCAAUCUAAAUGCAUAUAGCAAGCAUUACUUGAACGGGCAGAUCAAGCCCAAGAAGAAGAGCUAG